AUGAAGGCAGGAGGCUAUAGUGGGCUGGAUCUGGCCUGGGGCGCCCCCUCUUCUUCACCAUCAGUUAAGCUUUUUCAUGCUGAUCCAGAGGAGCAGGAGCGGCUUCGCUUGGAGCGGGAGCGCGAGCAGCAGCAGCAGCAGCAGCAGGCCAGCAGCCUGGCCAGGCUGGCCCACGCCCUGCCGCUGGAGGAGCCCCGCAUCGAGGCGCCGCCCCUGCCUCUGUCGCCGCCCGCACCCCCGCCGGCACCCCCGCCCCCGCUGGCCACCCCCACCCCACUGACUGUCAUCCCUAUUCCUGUAGUGACCAGCUCCCCUCAGCCUCUGCCCCCGCCCCCGCCUCUGCCCCUGGCACCUCGCCAGCCGGCUCUGGUUAGCGCCCCUGGACUCAGCAUUAAGGAGUCGGCCCCCCUUCCCACCAGGCCGCAGGGGCCCACUCCUGCUCCUCUACUGCCGGACUCCAAGGCCACCGUUCCGCCCACUGGCAGCCCCAAGCCUUUGCAGCCCCUCCCCACACCCAUCCUGACCAUCGCCCCACACCCUGGAGUCCAGCCCCAGCUGGCCCCCCAGCAGCCACCCCCAUCCACUCUUGGGACCCUGAAGCUGGCACCCGCUGAAGAAGUCAAAUCCGGCGAACAGAAGAAGAGGCCUGGGGGAAUCGGAACCAGAGAAGUCCACAACAAGCUGGAGAAGAACAGGAGGGCCCAUCUGAAGGAGUGCUUUGAGACCCUGAAGCGCAACAUCCCCAACGUGGAUGACAAGAAGACAUCGAAUCUGAGCGUGUUGCGCACGGCGCUGCGGUACAUUCAGUCCCUGAAGAGGAAGGAGAAAGAAUAUGAACACGAGAUGGAGCGUCUGGCGCGGGAAAAGAUUGCCACGCAGCAGCGGCUGGCGGAGCUCAAGCACGAGCUGAGCCAGUGGAUGGACGUGCUGGAGAUCGACCGCGUGCUCAGGCAGACGGGCCAGCCUGACGACGACCAGGCCUCCACCUCCACUGCUUCUGAGGGCGAGGACAACAUAGACGAGGAUAUGGAGGAGGACCAGGCUGGCCUGGGCCCACCUAAGCUGAGCCAUCGCCCCCGCCCGGAGCUGCCGAAGCCACCGCCCAGCACCGUGCCCGCACCUCUGCCUCCCCACCCCCAGCCUGUGGCCCUGUCUCCUGCCCACCUCCCCGGGCAGCAGCCGCCGCCGCCACAGCAGAAGACACCUCUGCCAGCCCCUCCCCCUCCCCCAGCUGCCCCGGCCCAAACGCUGGUGCCCGCUCCAGCCCAUCUGGUGGCUGCGGCCGGGGGAGGCUCCACGGUCAUUGCCCACACCGCCACCACCCACGCCUCAGUCAUCCAGACUGUGAACCAUGUUCUGCAGGGGCCGGGUGGCAAGCACAUCGCCCACAUCGCCCCUUCGGCCCCUAGCCCUGCUGUGCAGCUGGCACCCGCCACACCCCCCAUUGGCCACAUCACGGUGCACCCUGCCGCCCUCAACCACGUGGCCCACCUUGGCUCCCAGCUGCCCCUGUACCCGCAGCCCGUGGCGGUGAGCCAGCCCGUGGCGGUGAGCCACAUCGCCCACACCCUCUCACACCAGCAAGUGAAUGGCACGGCUGGGCUGGGGCCCCCGGCCACAGUCAUGGCGAAGCCAGCCGUAGGGGCUCAGGUGGUGCACCACCCCCAGCUGGUAGGCCAGACAGUGCUCAACCCUGUGACCAUGGUCACCAUGCCCUCCUUCCCGGUCAGCACGCUCAAGCUGGCUUGAGGAUGAGGCCGCUCAGAGGCCCCCUGUGGGGGCAGGGAGGGAGACCUGUCCCCCACUCUCCCACCCACCAGCUCCACACAUUCCAGCCGGGCCCAGGCCCGCCCCACCCAUACCCACCCCCAGGCCUCCUAGGGGAAGGGGGUGCAGAGACUCUGAGCCAGGGGAGGGAGGGGCCUCCCCAGGGAGCUGGGCACAGGGCAGGGGGUCAGCCCACUGCACUAGGACUUGACAAAGUGAUGAGAGACACUCUGGCAACGGUGCCGCCUGUCCAGCCUGGUGCCAGCUCCAGUGCCGUCCCCCCCACCCCUCCCGGAACCGUGCGAUGUGGACGUCGUGCUCUCCCGCUCCAGUGCCGUCCCCCACCCCCACCCCCACCCCCGGAAACCAUGCGAUGUGGGCGUCGUGCUCUCCAGCUCCAGUGCCGUUCCCCCCCACCACCAUGCGAUGUGGGCGUCGUGCUCUCCAGCUCCAGCGCCGUCCGUCCCCCGCCCCUCCCCCCGGAACCGUGCGAUGUGGACGUCGCGCUCUCCCGCUUCCCCUGCCCUGCCAGCCUUCCUGUGCUGCUGCCGCUGCUGCUAUUGCUCUGUCUGGUGAGAUGGCUGAGCGCCCGGGCCCUCCCCUCCCAAACCUCAGCUUUCUCUUCCCUGGGUUCUGGAGGGGAAAGGGGGGAAGCAGAACUGAAGCAACUUGGCCUGGAAAGCUGGGGAUUGAGGGGCCCCUGCUCUGAGUACAGGUGACAGAUCCUAGGAUGUGGCUUGUGUAGAGUCCCACAGAUUCCAGACAGGUGGGUGCCCCAGCUUGGAGCUCUCCAACCUGGUUGCAGUCAUUGUGACUCAUCACAACAAACUAGUAAAGACAAUUCUCUACUAAGAAGUAAACCAAACCCAAGCCCUUGCCAAGCUUCCCAAGCCCCUCAACCCUUGCCACUGGGCUCCUGUCUUCAGGAAGGCAGGCUGAGGGUGGGGGCGGGGAAGGAGGAGCUUGGCUGUCUCCUCCUGCCCCCCCCCCUUGACCUCCAGCCAGGUCUGGACUAAGAGGAGGGUACUCUGGACCCUGUCCCCAUCCCUGGACUUGACUCUUGGCUUUCAGAAAGUAGAGAGGAGGUCUGGCCUCUGGUACUGUGCACUCCCUGGAGGGAUGAGUACACCUGGAUGCCUCCUUGCUGCCUGGGAGACGGACCAGUGUCUGGUCUGGGUUCCAGGAGCCUGAAGCCACGCUGUUGAGGUAAUCAGGAAGUUAAAAUCCAGGGGCUUGGCCCUGGGGACUUGUGGGGAGGGAGCAUGGCCAGAUCCGGGAGGACUGUUGCUUCUGACCCAGCUUCUCGGUCUCCGGCACCAUCUUUCUUUCCUCUGAAUGUCCCCCUUUCUCCAGCGGGCUGUUCUGAGCCUGCCCUUCCCAGUGGGGGCUGCUGUGUGCCACCACCUUCCUGUGAGGAAAGGUCCUCAGCUGGGCCAAGGGCGGGGCUGAGCUUGGGGUGGGGAGGAGCAAGGGGGCCUGUGUGUAGGGGACAGUUUUCCCUGCCUUCGCCUCAGCAGACUGCUUUGGCUUCUUUUAUGUGCAUACUUAUUACAAGUGGCCUUGUGUCAGACACACUCAGUUACACAUGUGCACACUUGGCUCCCCACCUGGACACUCACCAAUGGCCUUUCAGAGUGUCUGUGGAGGGGGAAGCCAGUGUUCCUGGGUGUGAAGUUUGAAAUGACAGCCUGGGGAGGGGGACACUGAGGAGGCCAGCAAAAGUCUUGAAUAGAUUGAGCCACCUAAGAGCUCCCUUUCAGUUCCUUUUGGUCCUGGAGACCUCCCUGGGGGCUGUUUCCUUGUCUCCCGGGGUGGGGAAAGGGAAGGCCUUCUGGACACCUCAGAGGUUUCUACGAGGGCACCCUGUACCCCCACCCCCCAAUUGCGGCUCCCACCUCACACUUGCCGCCUUUCUGCACCUGCAGCCAGUGCCACUACCACCCUGUUUAGGGCAGAGCUGGUUUCACUCUUCCUGGUGUGAUUAUGUUGGAAAGAGCAGAGGGAGAAGGGCAGGCCUGGCCCCCAGGAACAGUCAGAGAAGUACUGGCGAGCCAUCCUCCUCUCAGCUCUGCUCACCUUGAAACUGUCCUGUUAGCCAGUUGCCCCUCGGGCCUGCACAGAUACCUCAUCCGCCCGCGCCCCUGCCCCUCCCCGCCCCCACUGCAGCAGUGCGGGCCUCGGAAUCUAGUGCCGAAUGACUAUGUCCAGAUUGGUGACGAUGGGUGUUGUUGCUGUUUUUGUUGUUUUCGUGAACGCUGUGACGCUGUGUGCCCAAGAGGGCAGCCUCCACCCAGCCCUUCUUUGGGCAUCUCCCCUGAGAGCUGUCAGGACCACAUCUGUCCUCGCCCCGUGGACCGCCUGCCCCUCCCCUCCCUAGCCCUUCCAGCCUGGGGGAUGCGUGCGCACGUGCGCACGCACACAAACACACACACACAUCUUACCUCUCAUGCGUGUUUUACUUUUUGAUGUUCAGAGUGGCUCACUGGCUGGGAGUCUUUACCUCGGGGAGAUGGGGAGGUUGGUUCCUUGGAGGGGGGGGUGCAAAGAAGGGCAGGGAAUUCCUGGAAGGGAAUUAGGGGUCACCAUAACCCCUGCCCUUUCCAGGAACAGCUGCUUCUUCCCCCAUCCCAGAGUCCCACCCCCAUCCCCAAAAGAGGUGGCCCUUGUUUACAGUGAGGACUUGGUCACUGUGUCUCUGUUUCCUAAAAUAUAAAUCGUAGCGACCCCAGACUGUAGAGAUUUUUAUGUGUUUGGAUACAUCUGCUGUGUGGGAAAAAACAAACAAAAAAACUACAAAAACCCUAAUUUUGUACAUAUUGUAUUUUUACUAUUGAACUGUAUUCUAGUGGCUGUUCAUGCUCCAAGACAUUAGGUAUUGAGACAUGAAUACUAUCCAUGUAAUAAGCACUUGCCUGGAAUAAAAUAUAAAAUUGAAAUAAACCUGCACUGAAACCCGAGACGGAGCUGCCACCUGCAGCAUCUGGGUCAUUUUGUUGCAAAAGGAGGCAGAGACCUUCAGGGAAGGACCUCCAGCAAGAAGC